GCUAGCGCAAGGAUGAACACCUCUAAGCUUUCUCGCUGGAUGACGUUUCUUAACGAGCGUGCUCCACCUAUAGCGUUUUUUCUUCUCUCAGCUGGUCCUGUCAUAUCCAGCCAAUAUAUUUUUAUUGAUCGUUUGUCGUCUUUUCUCGUUUUCUGGACGCUUCCCGCUCAACUGCUUAUUCUACUCACUCUACGCAUUAUGGAUGACGUCAAAGACUACGAUAAAGACGUCGUUGUGCAUCCAGACCGCCCGCUACCGCGCAAACUGCUUCAAAAGAGUGAAGUUGAGUUGGUCAUCCGGGUUACCAUGGCGGCUCUUUUGAUGUACAGUGUGGUGAUGGUGUGGGGGCUGGGAUGGUCAGCGGCUGUAUGGUUUGCUGCUGAGUUGGUGUAUAGUCUACUUAUGUAUAUAGAGUUUGGAAUCGGAGAGACGCUGGAUACGAGUCCGAUUGUGUAUGCGAUUACACAUCAAUUGUUUAUUUAUGUCGGAGCGUUUUUUCUUGCGGCGGCAGCUGGAAUCAGUCAGCCGUUUAUGCAUUACAAAACGUGGCAGAUUGGGCAUCUUGGCCUUUCGGGAUUCUUCACGUUUGAAAUCUGUAGGAAAUUGGAUCCCGACUUACCGAAGUUGAAGGGAACGUAUCUGAUUGUGUAUGGAAGGUGGAAGACUCUGGUGAUGACGGGAUGUACCGUCGCGUUUGGGAUUUACUCGUCGUUUAACUUGGGGUUGAGUCAUGUGCUGUGGCCGAUUGAGUUUGGUUUUCUUGGACUGUUGACGGUUCACUUUGUUGUGCCGUUGGGAAAAGGAAGUGUGAGGAAAAGGCAUAAGCUGCUUGAAGGGUUGGCGUUUCUUUACGUGUUGCUUCAUCUGUGGGGGCCUGCGAUCAUAUCUAGACACUAAUGCCCAUGCAGGCACACAGCAAUGUGGAGCAAUAAACAGUUCUAGUUGUAA